CUGGUCAAAGCUUCUUCAAACAGACACAGUUAAAGAAACUCUAAAACCCUAAUCUUCUUCUUGUUCCUCACAGGAAACUUUCCUCUUACUUAUUUCCUGAGAAAAGUCAAGAAAAUCAGUUCUCAUUUUGCUCUGAAGAAAUUUUAUUAAACUUUUAUCGUUACGUAAUUAAUAUUUCAAUUCGUUUUCUUUUUCGUUUUGAUUUGUUUCUUCAGUUUUCUUCGCCAUGGAUUCUCCGGUAAAGUUGCUUAAAGUGAAGAUUCCGGUGCAAGCUCCAAACAAAAAGAAGCCUGAGAAAGAAGGAGAAGAGGAAGAUGGAUUCACCACUCCAAAAGGAGUGCAAUUUACCAUUCCACCGCAGGUCAAGUGUCCUCCGGCUCCUCCACGCGGCGGUGUCCAACAUAAGACCAUCGAAAAACGUCGGAAAAAAUCCACCCCACGGAGGCUUACCUCCGUCAACAUUCAAGAUUUGAACACUUUCUUCUCAAGAACACACUUAUAA